AUGCUGGCAGCAUUAUCGGAAAUGAAAAAGCAACUGGUAGUUAAAACUGCCCAAACUCAAGUACAGACCCAGGUAACGUCAGGAGUUUUACCUGGAACUGUGGAGGUAUAUGUGCCCAGAGUGGACCCAAACUGGGACUAUAAUGAUGAGGGUGAUUAUAGGUUAUUAAAAAGGUAUCAGGAAUGGAUUAGGGUUGCCUUGGAAAAUGCUAUACCAAAGUCUGUAAACUGGUCUAGGUUAUAUACCAUAAAACGGGGGCAAGCUGAGACCCUGUCAGAAUUUCUUGACCGACUAGGAACAGCAAUGCAAAAAUUUACAACGAUAGAUCCCUCUUCUGAGGGAGGUAAACUCCAGUUAGUAUCAUUGUUCUUGGAACAGUCUGCGGAAGACAUAAGGCGAAAGCUUCAGAAAAUGAAGGAGCCGGAUGUGAGAGAUUUGGAAAGGUUAGUGGAAGAGGCGUAUUUAGGAAUCGAGAAGGGAAUGAGAGACAAAGGCUGGGUAAGACUAUUGCCGCGGCAACUGUUGCGGCUUUACAGAAGCAAGAAGAGCCUUUUCGGAGUAAAGGAAGAGGGAAUGGAAGAGGGGGAAGGUCAGCAAGGCCUCCCCUGA